AAAUGAUGGAUUAUCGAUAGGUCAUGUAAAAAACGCAAGGGCGUGGAGCAUUUGGUAUUUGCCUCCAAGCAACAAAAUGGGGGGUGGUCCCGUCCCCAUUCUAGACCAGAGCUGGCAAAACCAGUGGUUCUCUUUUGUUUCAUCAACACCUCGUAACUCUGUAAACGAAAUGAUUGAUGGUUGAGUUGAGUGCUAUCCAAAUUCCUCCUUCCUCGCUUCCGCUUGCAGAUUCCAUCAGGAUAUGACGAGCAUUACCUCAAGCCACAAUUAUAAUUCCUUAAUCGGAUUUCAGGAACAUUUUUACAGGGAAAGCUUUUAUAAGGUUCCAUGUUCCAGAUGUUUUCUUCCGUUUUCUCCUUCUGGAAGAUUCUGUUUUCCUCAUGGUCUACACCAUUCUACUACUUACAGCCAAACUGUCAUGAAAACUAGGCCUAUAUUCUCCAGUACUGUUGAUGAUGGUAAUACCAUUGAUCCAGAUAACUCCGACGAUGCCACUAUUGACAAAGGACAAAGCGAAAGUGGAGGGAUAAACAAUGAAAUGAUCAGAGAAAAUCUUGAAAGAAUUGUGGGUAGAGAUGAUUCCACUUUCAGUGGUUUAGACCUUGCAACUCUGAUAAGAAAAAAGUAUGGGAGAUCUUAUGAUGUUCAACUAAUAAAGAAGGAGUUCAUGGGAAGAAGUCUUCUUGCACUGAAUGUCAUGUGGAAGUACAUGGAGCAGAGGUCUUUUCCUCUUACGGAAGAAGAGUAUAUACUGAGGCUUGAUGACGUGGCAAACACAUUAAAAUGUUGGGGAGCUGUAUCACACAUUCGUAACAGCCUAGAGAAGUCGAAAGAGCGGCCUCGGAUUGGAAAGGUAAGAUUACAAGCUAAUCCUAUGCCGGAUGAUACAGUGGAGGGGCAGGGUUGUAUCGAGGUGGCACUAGAUCCUCUCGUUCUAGAGGUGACUCAUAUAGUGGCAAUGGUGGAGGGUCAAACAGUUCUCUCCUCUCUUUCAUGGCUUGCUGGGAAGAGAUAA